AUGCCGUUAGUGCCAGACCCGCUCAAGACUCGUGCGGUGCGUUCUUCGGCACAACGAGUAGAUCAUGUGGAUGCUUCUCCAUCUCCCAGGGCGCCGACCCCGCCGGAAGACUCUGUGGAAGUUGAACAGUAUAAGAGAGCGAGAACACAACUUCUCCUCACUUACUUGAUUUUCCUUUGCUUCAUUGUCGGCAUCUAUUUUUCGUCAGUAUUUACGUUCCUCAAAAAAAGAAAUACACGACUCGCCGAACCGCUCAAACACACCGACUACAUAAUCAACGACAGGGUCAGCGACGACGGCAAAGUGAAUGGUCUGACACUCUUUACGGCGGUUAUUGGAGUUUUAUCUUUUGGGUUUUUAGGGUCGGUGUCGAUUUUUUUCUGUGAAAAGUUCCACAAAGCAAAGCCACGCAAAUGGGUGCAAUGCGUGACAAAUACCAUCGUCGCAGUUGUUCCACUAGCCCUCUUAGCAGCUGGUAUUUACUUUUUGUUUUACAUGAUUGAUGGCGAUUGGAAGGUGUUGACGAACAACAUGAAGGGUAGUUGCCAGGGAUUUGACACACAAAUCAAACUUGACCAGAAAGGUAGGAUUAAUCCUCCAUACCGUUACGCACCGUACUAA